GCAAAAUUUGUUUGGUUGUCAUUGUGUCUAAUAUUCACUCCUUAAAAAAAAAGCCCCUUUCAUUUUCUCUCUCUUUCGCUUCAGAUCCGUUUCUCCGCGGCUCUAACCCUAGUUUUCUGUUUUCGCCACUCUCGAUUUUUCAAAACAACAUCAAAAAUUCAAUCAUGGCUGGAGCAGCUCCUGAAGGUUCACAAUAUGAUGCUCGUCAGUAUGACAACAAAAUGAGUGAAUUGCUUUCUGAGGACGGAGGCGAUUUCAUCACUUCAUAUGAUGAGGUGUAUGAGAGCUUUGAUAAAAUGGGUUUGCUAGAGAACCUACUCAGAGGAAUCUAUGCUUAUGGUUUCGAGAAACCCUCUGCUAUUCAACAAAGGGGAAUUGUUCCUUUCUGCAAGGGUCUUGAUGUCAUACAGCAAGCUCAAUCUGGUACUGGAAAGACAGCUACUUUCUGUUCUGGAAUCCUGCAGCAGCUGAAUUAUGAACUCUUGGAAUGCCAAGCUCUUGUUCUUGCUCCAACUAGGGAGCUUGCACAACAAAUUGAGAAGGUUAUGAGGGCCCUUGGUGAUUAUCUUGGUGUUAAGGUUCAUGCUUGUGUUGGAGGAACAAGUGUACGUGAAGAUCAAAGAAUCCUGGCUGCAGGUGUACAUGUGGUUGUUGGUACACCUGGACGUGUCUUCGACAUGCUGCGGAGGCAAUCUCUUCGUGCCAAUAGCAUCAAAAUGUUUGUUCUUGAUGAAGCUGAUGAGAUGCUUUCUCGAGGAUUUAAGGACCAGAUUUAUGACAUCUUUCAACAACUACCACCCAAGAUUCAAGUGGGUGUAUUUUCUGCAACUAUGCCCCCUGAAGCCCUUGAGAUCACCAGGAAGUUCAUGAACAAACCUGUGAGGAUUCUUGUUAAGCGUGAUGAACUGACUCUGGAAGGUAUCAAGCAGUUCUAUGUGAAUGUCAACAAGGAAGACUGGAAGCUCGACACUCUUUGUGACCUUUACGAAACCUUGGCCAUCACCCAAAGUGUCAUCUUUGUGAACACCAGGAGGAAGGUCGACUGGUUGACAGACCAAAUGAGAGCCCGUGAUCACACCGUGUCAGCCACACAUGGAGACAUGGACCAAAACACUAGAGAUAUCAUUAUGCGUGAGUUCCGCUCUGGAUCUUCCCGUGUCCUGAUUACCACCGACCUUCUUGCUCGUGGUAUUGACGUGCAGCAAGUCUCUUUGGUCAUCAACUACGAUUUGCCAACUCAACCAGAGAACUACUUGCACAGGAUAGGUCGUAGUGGUCGUUUUGGAAGGAAGGGUGUCGCCAUCAAUUUUGUGACCGCUGACGACGACGAGAAGAUGCUCUUUGAUAUCCAGAAAUUCUACAAUGUGGUGAUUGAAGAGCUCCCUGCAAACGUUGCAGAUCUUAUAUGAUCACUGCAAAGCUGUCAUUUUGCUGGUGUUUUUAGGGAAGAAAGAUGUUUUGACUGUCCAAUUAGUAAAGAUUCCAUUUGGGCACCUGUUGUUUAUUGGAUGAUAUGAUUAUUUAUCUGCUGACAGUUUACUUACA